UGGUGAUCCUCUUCGCGGUGCACGGCACCGGCUCUGUUUCUCGUGUGGUGGAGAUGGGUUGUUUGGACGGUAAAGAUGGUCUCGUCGCGGAAUUCCUCAAGACAAAGGGGCUGGUUCUACAUCACAUCGCAUCCUUCGACUAUUUUGUCGAGACCGAGAUGAGGGAAAUUUUGGAAGCCAACGCGAUUGUGUAUUCAGAAGCUGACCCGAACUGGUACAUGGAGUAUACGGACAUCCGCAUUGGUACUCCAAGCAUCGUUGAAGGACCUGGAAUGAUCGCGGCAACGACACCGUACCAGUGCAGAUUACGAGACAUGACGUAUUUCGCUCCUAUUUACGUCGACAUAGCAUACAAACGAGGGAAUGAACUAGUAAUUCGCAAUGAGCUCGAAAUCGGUCGUAUGCCAAUCAUGCUGAAGUCCAAAGGUUGUGUUCUGCACAGUAAAACGCCUUGGGAGUUGACCAAACUUCGUGAAUGUCCCAACGACCACGGCGGUUAUUUCAUCGUGAAAGGCGUCGAGCGAGUCGUACUGAUGGCGGAACAAUUGGCUAAUAAUCGGAUCCUGAUCGAUGAAGACAGCAAGGGGGUAAUCUCCUGUCAAGUGACCUCGUCGACGCAUGAGCGAAAAUCUAGAACAAAUGUAAUCGAGAAGAACGGCAAAUUCUACGUGAAGCACAAUAGCUUCGUGGAUGACAUCCCAGUUGUCGUGAUGUUCCGGGCCAUGGGUGUUCAGAACGAUCUGCGAAUACACCAAAUGAUUGGCACGGAAGAGAACAUUCAAGUCGCCUUCGUUGGAUCAAUGGUAGAAUGCCACAAGCUACAUGUAUUCACACAAGAGCAAGCCCUGCGUUUUCUGGCAGCAAAAAUGAAAUCUCGCGUGUUCGGUCCUCAGAAAGUCGAGGAUCCCUUAGACAAAGCUUGGGAAGCAGUGUUGUCAUCUGUGAUCAAUCAUAUACCCGCGCAGCCUCCUGAGUACAACAUGAGACUCAGAGCACACUAUCUCGGUCUCAUGGUCCGACGGAUCAUUCAAGCAAAAUACGAUCGAGGUUUCAUUGACGAUCGUGAUUAUUAUGGCAACAAACGAGUUGAGCUUCCCGGUUCCAUGAUCUCUCUUCUGUUCGAAGAUCUUCUGAAGCGGGUUAAUUCGGAGCUCAAAACGAUUGCCGACAAGCAAAUUCCAAUGAUGAGAGUCACUCAGUUCGAUAUCGUCAAAUUCAUGAAGCCGUCAACCAUAACUACCGGGCUAAUCAACGCCAUCUCGACCGGGAACUGGAUUAUCCGACGUUUCAACAUGCAUACGAUCGGGGUCACACAGGUCUUAUCCCGAUUGAAUUACAUCUCCUGCCUCGGAAUGAUGACUCGAGUGAACUCUCACUUCGAGAAGUCUCGCAAGGUUUCGGGGCCCAGAUCGCUUCAGCCCUCACAAUUUGGGAUGCUCUGCCCGUCGGACACCCCAGAGGGUGAAGCUUGCGGGCUCGUCAAGAAUAUGGCUCUCUUAGCGCACAUCACGAUCAACUCUUCGGCUGAUCUCACAGACUUUUUCAUUUCUCUGGGUGUGCAAGACGUGCGACUUCUCUGUGGAGCCGAAUUCAGCCAUUCCCACAUCUAUCAUGUUUUUCACAACGGUGUCAUCAAGGGUGUUAUAGAGGAUCAUCGACGAUUCAUAGAAGAAGUGCGCCAGUUUCGACGAAAAGGCUUUUUAUCGCCGUAUCUCUCUGUGUACCCGAAUCAUAUCCACCGCUGCGUAUAUAUUGUUACAGACGGAGGCCGUUUUUGUCGGCCUUUCAUAAUCGUUGAGAACGAACGGCCGAGAGUGACCUCCGAACAUCUCGAAGAUUUAAAUUCGCACAUACUCAACUUUCAAGAUUUUUUAGACAUCGGUUUGGUAGAAUUUCUGGAUGUUAACGAAGAGAAUGAUGCUUUAAUUGCUGUGUACGAGAAGGAUAUAACCGACAAGACCACGCAUCUCGAGAUCGCUCCGUUCACGAUUCUAUCUGCGUGCGCCGGCAUCAUACCGUUUCCGCACCACAAUCAAAGUCCUAGGAACACCUAUCAGUGCGCUAUGGGAAAGCAGGCCAUGGGCGUGAUUGGAUACAAUCAACACAUGCGGAUAGACACUCUACAAUAUAACAUGGUAUUCCCGCAGCGUCCUCUUGUGAGCACAAAAGCCAUAAAGCUGAUCAACUUCGAUAGGAUGCCUGCCGGCCAGAAUGUGUGUCUGGCAGUGAUGAGCUACUCCGGAUACGAUAUAGAAGACGCGAUCGUCCUGAACAAAAACUCCAUGGAGAGAGGAUUCGGUGAAUGCCGAGUGGUGACCUCACAGAAAUGCCAACUCAGACGAUAUCCGAAUAUGGCUUGCGACAGAAUUCUGGGCCCUCUGGUUGACGCUUCCACCAGAAAACCGAUUUUCGAUCAUCAGUGUCUAGACUAUGACGGCAUUGUGAUGCCGGGCGAAACGGUGGUGAAGGGGCAAGUGCUCAUAAAUAGACACAUUCCAGCGGGAACAGCUAGCUUGGAUCCGGGACAGCCAAUCGAAUACAAGGAGAUGCCCCUGAGGUAUCAGGGAACGGUCCCAGCGCAGAUUGAUCGGGUGAUGGUCUCCGUCAACGCCGAUGGGGAGACUCUUUUCAAGGUUGUGAUGAGUCAAACGAGGAAGCCCGAGAUCGGGGAUAAAUUCAGUUCGCGUCAUGGUCAGAAAGGAGUGGUCGGUCUCAUCGUCGGUCAAGAGGACAUGCCAUUCGAUGAUCAGGGUGUGGUUCCUGAUAUCAUCAUGAACCCUCACGGUUUCCCCUCGAGAAUGACCGUCGGCAAAAUGAUCGAGAUUCUGGCCGGAAAAGCCGCUGCUCUGUCGGGAGAAGUUCAAGAUGCCACAGCGUUCGAGAACAAGUCAGAGGGAGAACCCGUGACUUGCUCAGAAAUGGGCGAGCUUCUCCAACGGAACGGUUUCCACUUUCAAGGCAAAGACAUCUUGACUUGUGGAGUGAACGGUCAGCCUAUGCAGGCCUACAUUUACAGGGGUACCUGCUACUAUCAGCGCUUGAAACACAUGGUGCAGGACAAAAUGCACGCUCGAGCUCGCGGUCCCCGAGCUGUGUUGACCCGUCAACCUACCGAGGGCAGAUCAAGAGAUGGUGGUUUGAGAUUGGGAGAAAUGGAACGAGACUGUCUCAUUGGUCACGGAGCCGCAAUGCUCCUGCGCGAACGACUCAUGUUCAGCUCUGAUGCUACCGAAGUUGAUAUCUGCAACGUUUGUGGUCUCAUAGGCUUCCUGAAGUGAGUAGACUUUCUGACGGAUAUCAAUGGUUGCCAAGAUGAUCCGAUGAACUAGGCGUGAACGCUCUGCUUUCAGGUGGUGUCAGCGCUGCAAAUCGUCACAGGCUAUGUGCACCGUGAAGAUGCCCUACGCUUUCAAACUGCUGUGCCAAGAACUCUGUGCAAUGAAUAUUGCACCGAGACUCAAACUCGAGAGUGUUCUCAGCGAUGACAAUGAAGGGAUACGAUCGACUG